GCGGCGCGGAGGGGCGGGGCCCGGCCGGGCUAUGGUAGCGCGCGGGCUCCCGCGCAGUGGUGGAAUCAGGAUCGGGUGACUCGGACCCAGCAGCAGCACCAUGGCGAACUCAACACAGGGCCUCCCCAGCGCCGAGCUCUGGGCCUCCCAUAACAAGAUGGUGUUGGAGCCGCUGGACACCAACGACCCGGAGGUGCACAGCAUCAUCAAGAAGGAGAAGCAGCGGCAGAGGUUGGGGCUGGAGUUAAUUGCAUCAGAGAACUUUGCAAGCCGAGCAGUCCUGGAGGCCCUGGGAUCCUGCAUGAACAACAAAUACUCUGAGGGUUACCCAGGACAGAGGUACUACGGCGGGACGGAGUGUGUGGACGAGCUGGAAAGGCUGUGCCAGAAGCGAGCCCUGCAGGCCUACCGCCUCGACCCCCAGAAAUGGGGAGUCAACGUCCAGCCCUACUCAGGCUCACCCGCAAACUUUGCGGUGUACACGGCCCUGGUGGAGCCCCACGGCAGGAUCAUGGGGCUGGACCUGCCCGACGGCGGCCACCUCACCCACGGGUUCAUGACGGACAAGAAGAAGAUCUCUGCCACCUCUGUCUUCUUCGAGUCCAUGCCAUACAAGGUCAACCCCAAGACCGGUUACAUCGACUAUGACCGGCUGGAGGAGAACGCCCGGCUCUUCCACCCCAAGCUGAUCGUAGCAGGCGUCAGCUGCUACUCGCGGAACCUGGACUACGCCCGCAUGCGGAAGAUCGCCGACGACAACGGGGCCUAUCUCAUGGCCGACAUGGCGCACAUCAGUGGGCUGGUGGCCGCCGGCGUGGUGCCCUCGCCCUUCGAGCACUGCGACGUCGUCUCCACCACCACCCACAAGACCCUGCGGGGCUGCAGGGCCGGCAUGAUCUUCUACCGCAAAGGCACCCGCAGCGUGGACCCCAAGACAGGCAAGGAGACCCUCUACAACCUGGAGAGCCUCAUCAACCAGGCGGUGUUCCCGGGGCUGCAGGGAGGCCCACACAACCACGCCAUUGCAGGGAUUGCCGUGGCGCUGCACCAGGCCAUGACACCCGAGUUCAAGGCUUACCAGCAGCAGGUGGUGGCCAACUGCAAGACACUCUCAUCAGCACUGAUGGAGAUGGGCUACGACAUCGUCACAGGGGGCUCCGACAACCACCUGAUCCUCGUGGACCUGCGCAGCAAAGGCACAGACGGCGGCCGGGCCGAGCGGGUGCUGGAGCUCUGCUCCAUCGCCUGCAACAAGAACACGUGCCCUGGUGAUGUCAGCGCCCUGCGCCCCAGCGGGCUCCGGUUCGGGACGCCGGCUCUCACCUCGCGCGGUUUCCGGCAGGACGAUUUCCGCAAGGUGGCUCAGUAUAUCCACAGAGGGAUCGAGCUGGCUCUGCGCGUGCAGAAGGACAUGAGCCCCAAGGCCACGCUGAAGGAAUUCAAGGACAAAUUAGAGGACCCAAAAUACCGUGAGGAGCUGAAGGCACUGAAGGGAGAGGUAGAAGCCUUCGCAGCCACGUUCCCGCUCCCGGGGCUGCCUGUCCUGUAAGGAAAGGGACACUGCCAUGCCCGCUCCUGGAGCCACGGGAGUCCCCGGGAUCGUGGCAUGCUCACAAUCCCCAGCCUGAGACCAACACCCCAGUGCCUUCUCCCAGCGCUUCCCUGUGGAACUGCAGCAGCAGCUCCUCCUUUGGCUCUUACUGCCCUUUCCCCUCCCAUGUGGAGCACGGGGACCCGAGUACAACCCCCGUGGGGACAGCAGCCCUUCACUGCUGUGUCACCACUGGGACCGAGCACCAGGUCACGCUCACCUCAUGGCCAGGUGCCAUCCAGCUCCUGCUGGCUGUGGAGCAGCAGGUGAGAUUGAGGCUGGUCUGUUCACAUUCCCUGGACACCCUGCCCACGGCAGUGUGAGGGACGGGGCUGCAGCUGCACAAGAAACCUCAAAGCCACUAAAAGUCCCCCUGGUUUCAGCCUCGAGGAUUCUCCUUCAUCCUAUGUGCCUUGCCACCUCCACAGGCUAUGACAAGGCCAAGCCUUGUCCUGAACAUCCCUUCCUGGGAUCACCAUCCCAUCCUAUCCAGAUCCUCCACUAUUUUCUCAGACCCCUUGGCACAAAGCUUAGGUUGAACCAUUUUUUAAUAAGCACGGUAAAAUGAAGAAUUUAACCACGAUGUAUGACAAGAAUUAUAAGCUUUAAAAAAUACGACCAAUUUUUUUUUUUUUUUUUUUGUAUUUCAAAAAUAUCUGAACCCAAAUAAAUAUUUUUUUUUUUUUUAAAAG